CUGUAAGUACGAAAUAUAUUUCGAAAGUUCACUUCAUACCUAUGGUUUUGGAAGGGUUUAAGCCUUGUGGCGGCUACUUCUCCAUCUACCCCUUUGAGUUCCUUUUGCUUCUACAAAAUUUUCUGUUUAUCGAACUCUUCUCUUCAGUGUCACCAAAUUAUGUUCGUACCUUUCUUAUGGAGCAAUUUCAUGUAGUUUAAUGCCCUUCUGCCUGUGUUCUUCCAAUCCUACCAGCAAGUUCGAUAAUUUCUUUCUAUUGAAACCGCCUGCGCACAAGUUUUCAUCAAAACUCUUCAAUGAUUUCCACGUCUAUGUGGAAGACCAUUGCAAAGCGAGGUAUUUGUAGGAACCGGCAGUUUCAUCCUGAUUGGCGUUGCUUUUCCCGCUUCAAUGGCGUUCUGGGUCGUCCUAACGAGUCUUUAUUUCGCGAUAAAUUGAUUUCUGGUAAUCUUGUUCCUAGUUCACUUCCGAAGUUUGGGUUUUUUCAAAUGGGUGUUGGUCGAAAUCAAAUUUUGUCUCAGGAAGAUUACUAUAGAAGCAGAUUCUGUUUUGGGUCUAUGGGAGCUCGAAUUGGGUUAAAUGGGUUGUGCCCAAAAGGAUAUUCUAGUGUUGCUGAGGCGGUUUCUUCAACAGAUGUGGACGAAGAUGCAUCUCUUGACGGUGAAGUUCAGGAGUUAUUGCAAGAGAUGAGCAAAGAAGAGACGAGGCUGAAAACGGUGAAGGGAAUGCCACAUUCGAAGUAUCUAAUGCUGAGGAGGAGGCAGGUGACCGUAGAGGCUGAGGCGUGGGAAAAGGCAGUGAAGGAGUACAAGGAGCUAUUAGAGGACAUGUGUAAGCAGAAGUUAGCACCUAAUUUGCCGUACGUAAAGUCCUUGUUCCUUGGCUGGUUCGAGCCUUUUCAAGAGGCUAUAAAUAAAGAGCAAGAAUUAAUCCAGAAAGGGAAGAAACCUCGAGCUCCAUAUGCUCCUUAUUUUGUUCAAUUACCUGCAGAUAAGAUGUCAGUAAUCACAAUGCAUAAGUUGAUGGGGAUGUUGAUGAAGGGAUGUGAACACGGUAAUAUCAAGGUUGUGGUGGCUGCUUGUGCAAUAGGAGAUGCUAUUGAACAGGAGGUAAGAAUUCACAAGUUCUUGGAGAAAAAGAAAGAGAAAAAGCACAACAAAAAUAAUGAGAACAAUUACCAGCCUGAUUCUCAAGUGAAGGAACAAGAGAGGUUAAGGAAAACAGUGGCCAACUUGAUUAAAAAGAAAAAGCAUCAGGCUGUAGGACAGAUAGCGAAGGGAACCGAUGAUUCAAGACCAUGGGGCAGGGAAGCCAAAGCAAAGGUUGGGGCCCGUCUAAUUGAGCUGUUGAUACAAACAGCUUACAUACAACCUCCUGCUGAUCAGUUGGCCGAUGGUCCACCUGAUAUUCGCCCUGCAUUUUGGCACUCAUUGAAAACUGUGGUGACAGAUAAUUCCGUCGGGAGACUUGGUGUCAUUGAAUGUGACCCUUUAGUCAUCAAAGGCUUAGACCGGACUGCAAGACAAAUCGUGAUUCCCUAUAUGCCAAUGUUGAUGCCUCCAGUCAAAUGGAGAGGCUAUGACAAAGGUGGACACAUCCUCUUGCCAUCGUUUGCCAUGCGCACUCAUGGAGCCAAACAACAACGUGAUGCGUUUAAGAGGACCCCAAAGGAACAAUUAACUCCAGUAUUUCAGGCCCUAGACACACUUGGAAAUACCAAAUGGAGAAUAAAUAAAAGGAUACUCGGUGUUGUGGAAAGAAUAUGGAGCAGUGGAGGGGACCUUGCUGGUCUAGUGAAUCGGGAUGAUGUUCCAUUGCCAGAAAAACCUGAUACUGAAGAUGAAACGCUAAUAAAAAAGUGGAAAUGGGAAAUCAGAUCUGUGAAGAAAGAAAAUAUGGAGAGGCAUUCACAACGUUGUGACAUAGAGCUUAAACUUGCUGUAGCACGCAACAUGAAGGAUGAGGAAGGUUUUUACUAUCCCCAUAACGUAGACUUUCGAGGCCGUGCAUAUCCUAUGCAUCCACACUUGAAUCAUCUUGGUUCAGAUCUCUGCCGAGGUAUAUUGGAGUUUGCAGAAGGUCGCCCACUCAGGAAGUCUGGCCUAAGUUGGCUGAAGAUUCACUUGGCAAAUCUUUUUGCUGGGGGCGUGGAUAAAUUAUCUCAUGAUGGUCGAAUGACAUUUGUUGAGAAUCAUUUAGAAGAUAUAUUUGACUCUGCUGACAAACCACUUGGAGGAAGACGUUGGUGGUUGAAUGCUGAGGAUCCUUUUCAGUUUUUAGCAGGAUGCAUGAAUCUUACUGAAGCUUUGAGAAGCUCUUCUCCCGAAACAUAUAUUUCACAUAUCCCCAUACACCAGGAUGGUUCUUGCAACGGGUUACAGCACUAUGCUGCUCUUGGACGAGACAAGUUAGGAGCAGCUUCUGUCAAUCUGGUUGCCGGAGAGAAGCCUGCAGAUGUUUACUCGGGUAUAGCUGCUAGGGUUCAAGAAAUCUUGCGAAGGGAUGCACAAAAAGAUCCAGAAACUUUUCCAGAUGCAAUGUAUGCAAAAAAAUUAAUAGAUCAGGUGGACAGAAAAUUGGUGAAGCAAACAGUGAUGACAUCGGUUUAUGGUGUCACCUAUAUUGGUGCUCGCGAUCAGAUCAAAAGGAGGCUGAAGGAACGCGCUGCCAUAUCUGAUGAUUCAGAGCUCUUUGGCUGUUCUUGCUAUGCUGCCAAGAUGACGUUGGAGGCACUAGGGGAAAUGUUUGUAGCAGCCCGUGAGAUCAUGAACUGGCUUUCUGACUGUGCAAAAAUUAUUGCCUCGAAAAAUGAAAGUGUGCGAUGGACUACACCCCUUGGAUUACCCGUUGUGCAACCAUAUCGCAAGUUGGGAGCACUUUCUAUCAAAACUUCUCUCCAAGUUUUGACACUAAGAAGAGAAACAGACAAGAUCUUGACAAGUAGACAGCGUACCGCUUUCCCACCAAAUUUUGUUCACUCUCUUGAUAGUUCUCAUAUGAUGAUGACUGCAAUUGCCUGCAAUAGGGCAGGUUUGACUUUUGCAGGGGUUCAUGAUUCAUACUGGACACAUGCUUGUGACGUGGAUGAAAUGAAUAGAAUACUUAGACAGAAGUUUGUUGAACUCUAUGAAACUCCAAUACUCGAAGAUUUAUUGGAGAGCUUUCAGCAAUCUUUUCCAGCACUGGAUUUUCCUCCCCUACCCGAACGAGGAGAGUUCGACCUAAAAGAAGUUCUAGACUCGCCUUACUUCUUCAACUAAGUUUAUAUGGGUACAUUUCUCUUCAUUCUCGGCUAUCUUUACAUGCUCAACCGGUUUUUCCUGGAAACGUACACCUAUUGUUACUCAACUACAUCUCAAGAGUAAUGGAGCAUGAUGCUGAGAAUCCCCGGAGCAAACUGGCCACUCUGUUGUAAUAAACAUCAGGUUUUCCUCUCUUACAAAGCUUACUCAUGUCAAACUUCUAAAGAGCUCUCGACUCGCAUAUGCAGAAGAAAAUGGUCGGACUAACAAUCCUUUCUGAAGUACUUUUACGUAUCUUCAACUAGAGCUGCUAGACUAACAUAUACGGAUAAGCAACAACUUCCCAUCCAUUUUCAUUCAUCAGCGACGCUUAAAAGUCGAAAUUGGCCAUAUUUUACGGGAAGGAAAGCCACAAAUGAUCAAGAUUUCCACAGUAACAAAGGAUUACUUGUAUAUAUAUUCCCCCACUCUAUGAUUAAGAUAAAAUGUGAAAGUAGUGAAAACAAAAAAGAUCUCACCAUUCCCAUUUUCUGAAUUCAUCACAAUUUCUUCAGCUCUGGCUUGCACAUGUCUCUCUAUGUAAAUGUUUGUUGUAUUUGCCAUCUGAAUUUUUGUACUCGUUUCUCUUGUUUGGUGAGGAAAUGAGCUGACAGUAUAUCAAUUUGACAAAUGAUAAGUUGAUUUGCACAAAA